GUGAUUGUCACCCAGCACUCACACUUGCAUCAACUUCUACUUCUCUAACUGCAUACAUUUUCUAUUUGUAACACACAUAUCCUUACCGAGCUUUCUUCUUUUGCUUGUCUAAAUCCGAUUCGAUUUUGCGAGAUGGCUUCUUACAACAGCAACCAGGACGCCGCUGCCAAGCAGUAUGAGGACACUAAGCACUUUGGGGAGCGCAAGGCUGGCGAGGCCCAGCAAGCGACCAAGGAUGGCGCGGGCACAGCGCAGGACAAGGUUGAUGAGGCUGGAAACGCAGCUGGCGAGAAGUGGGAGCAAACUAAGCAGGCAGCUUCUGACGCUGCUGGUGCCACACGGGACAAGGCGAAUGAUGUAGCUGGAGCAGCUGGCGAUAAUGCCGAGCAGGCCAAGCAAGGCACCGGUAGCUACUUGCAGCAAGCGGGAAACCUCCUGGGCAAUGCCUACGAGAAUGUGAAGACGACCCUAACCCAGUCCAGCGAGCAGUCGAAGCAGGGGGUUUCUAAUGCAGCCGGGACAACACAAGACAAGGCGAACCAAGCAGGUGAUGUCGCUGGGCAGAGAUACGAGGAGGCCAAGCAGGGCGCUUCGGACGCGGCUGGGAACGUUCAGGAGAAGAGUCGCGAGGCGGCGGGAGCAGCCGGAGACAAGGCCAGCGAAGCUGGAAAUGUGAUGGGCGAGAAAUGGGAGCAGACGAAACAGGGCACCGCCAACGCGGGGGGUGCGACCCAGCAGAAGGUGAGCGAGGCAGCCGGAGUUGCUCGCGAAAAGGUUGGCCAAGUGGCAAACGACGUGAGCAGAGUAGCGGGAGAGAAGUGGGAACAGUCGAACCAGCCCGGCGGCGUGGUCCAGCAGACGAAGGAGGCCAUGAAGACAGCGUUGGACACGAUGAAAAACGACGUGACGCCGAAAACAACUCCAGGAAAGCCUGUGAGAGUGCACGAGCAGACCUUUUGAAUUGAUAUACGGAAGAGGGACUAGAUUCGGUUUAUUAGUUUUUAUCUUCGGUGGCGUUGAAACGUUUGUGCAUAGUCAUCAUUUGUGAAUAUUGUUUGCUUCAUUAUUAAUAUUUUUUUUGCAAUUGAAUUUGAGAAAUAUUGACUUGGAAUUUUCA